AGACGAGAAUAGGGAUCUGAGUGAGUGAGAUAUAGUGUGUGUUUUGUAGCCACGAAUUCCCAACAAUUCGAAAAGGAAAAGAGUGACUGCGAGAGAAUGGAUCCGAAGUUACAGGGACGCUGCCAUGCAAACUACUACGGAGAGAGAGAAAAACCCAAAAAUGGAACUUUCACAAACAAAAGGACAAAUCAUUGCUCACUGCUUCUUGCACUUGCAUGCACACUUUUCAUUUUCUUCCCCAUUUUCCCGAACAAAUUCCACCAAAACUUUCUGGUCGGUUCUUCACUCGUAUGCAUGCUAGCAUUACAUGCAUCUCUGGUUUGUGAUAUCAGAUGAGAAGGGUACUGAUCCUAACGUGGAAUUGAAGAAUUAAGAUAAAGAAAUGGGCACUCCAGUAAACAUAAUCGUCGAAUCUCAUGUCUGGGUUGAGGACCCUGAAGUUGCUUGGAUUGAUGGGCAGGUUGCCAAAAUUAGUGGCCAAGAAGCUGAGAUCGAGAGGAGUGAUGGGAAGAAGGUUGUUACCAAGUUAUCAAAACUUUAUCCGAAAGACACUGAAGCUCCUGCUGGAGGUGUUGAUGACAUGACAAAGCUGAGUUAUUUGCAUGAGCCCGGGGUGCUUGAGAAUCUGAGGAUUAGAUAUGAACUUAAUGAAAUUUAUACUUACACUGGAAAUAUUUUAAUAGCUAUAAAUCCUUUCCAAAGACUGCCUCAUCUAUACAAUCAGCAUAUGAUGCAACAAUAUAAGGGAGCUCCUUUUGGAGAGCUAAGCCCACACGUCUUUGCAGUUGCUGAUGUUGCUUACAGGGCAAUGAUACAUGAAGGAAAGAGCAACUCCAUUCUGGUUAGUGGCGAAAGUGGAGCAGGUAAAACUGAGACCACUAAAAUGCUUAUGCAGUACCUAGCCUUUUUGGGUGGCCGAGCAGCUACAGAAGGACGCACUGUUGAACAACAAGUUCUUGAGUCCAACCCGGUUCUUGAAGCAUUUGGCAACGCUAAAACUGUUAGAAAUAACAAUUCCAGCCGUUUUGGUAAAUUUGUUGAGAUUCAAUUUGAUAAACAAGGGAGAAUAUCAGGAGCUGCCAUCAGAACUUACCUUCUUGAAAGAUCUCGUGUUUGCCAAGUUUCUGAUCCUGAGCGCAAUUAUCACUGCUUUUACCUCUUAUGUGCAGCACCAAAAGAGGAAAUUGAUAAGUACAAAUUAGAUCAUCCCAAGUCAUUUCACUAUCUUAACCAAUCAAAAUGUUAUGAGCUGGUUGGAGUGAGUGAUGCCCAUGAUUACCUUGCCACCAGACGAGCAAUGGAUAUUGUUGGAAUAAGUAAAGCAGAGCAGGAAGCAAUUUUCAGGGUUGUUGCUGCUAUUCUUCAUCUUGGUAAUAUUGAUUUUGGAAAGGGGAAGGAAAUUGAUUCCUCAAUUCCAAAAGACAACAAAGCCAAGUUCCAUCUUAAAACAACUGCAGAACUUCUCAUGUGUGAUCCUGUGGCAUUGGAAGAUGCAUUAUGUAAACGUGUGAUGAUCACGCCAGAGGAAGUUAUUAAGAGAAGUCUUGAUCCUCUCAGCGCAGCUGUUAGCAGGGAUGGAUUAGCUAAGACAAUAUAUUCUAGACUAUUUGAUUGGUUGGUAGAUAAGAUCAAUAAGUCAAUUGGGCAAGAUCCAAAAUCAAAAUGCCUGAUUGGGGUCCUUGACAUUUAUGGUUUUGAGAGCUUUAAACAUAAUAGUUUUGAGCAGUUCUGCAUUAACUUUACUAAUGAGAAGCUACAACAACAUUUUAAUCAGCAUGUUUUCAAAAUGGAACAAGAAGAAUACACAAAGGAGGAAAUUAAUUGGAGCUACAUUGAGUUUGUUGAUAACCAAGAUGUUCUAGAUCUUAUUGAGAAGAAACCAGGUGGAAUUAUUGCACUUCUUGAUGAAGCUUGUAUGUUUCCAAAAUCAACACAUGAGACAUUCUCUAAUAAGCUCUACCAGACGUUCAAGAAUAAUAAGCGCUUCAUCAAGCCAAAAUUAUCCCGUACAAAUUUUACAAUUGCUCAUUAUGCUGGAGAGGUUCAAUACCAAUCUGAUCAGUUCUUGGACAAAAAUAAAGACUAUAUGGUUCCUGAACAUCAAGAUCUGUUAAGUGCUUCCAAGUGUUCUUUUGUAGCAGGCCUUUUUCCUCCAAUACCUGAAGAGACCACGAAAUCAUCUAAGUUUUCCUCUAUUGGUUCACGUUUUAAGUUACAACUACAACAAUUGAUGGAAACUCUAAAUGCUACAGAACCUCACUAUGUUAGAUGUGUAAAGCCAAACAAUCUUCUUAAACCUGCCAUAUUUGAAAAUCAGAACAUUAUGCAACAGCUACGCUGUGGUGGUGUUUUGGAGGCAAUCAGGAUUAGCUGUGCAGGAUAUCCUACUCGCCGUGCUUUCUUUGAAUUCAUAAACAGAUUCGGGCUUCUUGCGCCUGAGUUUUUGGAAGGAAGCUAUGAUGAAAAGUUGGUGUGUCAGAAGAUUUUGGAAAAGAAGGGGAUAAGAGGUUUCCAGUUAGGCAAAACAAAGGUCUUCCUAAGAGCUGGUCAGAUGGCUGAACUGGAUGCACAUAGAGCAGAAGUUCUUAGUACUGCAGCGAAAACAAUACAACGGCGUACACGAACUCAUAUUGCUCGUAAACAUCUUAUAGCUCUGAGAGAGGCUACUAUUUAUAUGCAAUCCUUCUGCAGAGGUAGACUCGCAUGCAAACUUUAUGUGCAUAUGAAGAGGGAAGCUGCUGCAAUAAAAAUUCAGCGGAACGCACGCAGAUACCAAGCAAGCAAAACAUACAACACACUCCAUAGAUCUGUUCUUGUGAUACAAACAGGUUUACGUGCCAUGGACGCUCGUAACAAGUUUAGGUUUAGGAGGCAAACCAAAGCUGCAACUACGAUUCAGGCACGGUGGCGCUGUCAUAGAGCCUCAUCUUUCUAUAGGAAGCUAAAGAGGGGAACAAUACUUGCACAAUGCAGAUUGAGAGGAAGAAUUGCAAAAAGAGAAUUACGGAAACUUAAGAUGGCUGCAAGGGAAACUGGUGCACUCAAAGAGGCAAAAGAUAAGCUUGAGAAACAGCUUGAGGAACUCACAUGGCGCUUGCAACUUGAAAAGCGUUUAAGGACUGACUUGGAAGAAGCAAAAGCGCAAGAGAUAGCAAAGAUGCAGAAUUUGAUGGAAGAAAUGCAGAAGAAAGUUGAUGAAACUAAUGCUCUCCUUGUUAAGGAACGUGAAGCUGCAAAAAAGGCAAUUGAAGAAGCACCCCCUGUUAUCAAGGAAACUCCUAUUUAUGUUGAAGAUACCAAGAAAAUUGAGUCACUAAAGGAAGAAGUUGACAGUUUAAAGGCUACUUUACAAAAUGAACAGGAAACUUCGGAGGACUUGAGGAAGAAAUAUGCUGAGGCACAAGAAUGCAGUGAAGAGAGACGUGUAAAAUUAGAAGAGACCGAAAAAAGAGUUCAUCAAUUGCAGGAAUCUUUGCACAGGCUAGAAGAGAAGAUGAAUAAUGUAGAGUCAGAGAAUAAAGUUCUUCGUCAACAGGCUGUGUCAAUUGCACCAAAUAAGUUCCUUUCUGGACGAUCUAGAUCAAUCAUCCAGAGGAGUGAUAGUGGCCACCACGUAUUAUCAGAUCCUAAGAUGCAUGUGGAUCUGCAUAGCCCAUCAUUUUCUGAAGCUGAUGACAAACCUCAGAAGUCACUUAACGAGAAACAGCAGGAAAAUCAGGAGUUGCUCAUUCUUUGUGUUUCACAGCACUUGGGCUUUACUGGAAACAAGCCGAUAGCAGCCUGUAUCAUUUAUAAAUGUCUUUUGCAAUGGAGAUCAUUUGAAGUUGAGAGAACCAGUGUCUUUGACCGGAUCAUCCAGACUAUUGGGCAUGCUAUUGAGAAAAUCCAAGAUAACAAUGAUAUGCUGGCUUAUUGGUUGUCAAAUUCUUCUACACUACUAUUGCUCCUCCAACGUACACUGAAAGCAACUGGUGCAGCUGGAAUGACUCCUUUACGUCGCCGCUCGUCCUCUGCUUCUUUAUUUGGAAGGAUGUCACAGAGCUUCCGUGGGACUCCACAAGGAGUAAAUCUUUCCUUUGUGAAUUCCGUGCCUGGUGGAGUAGAGACCUUACGCCAAGUAGAAGCCAAAUACCCUGCUUUGCUGUUCAAACAGCAACUUACGGCAUAUGUUGAAAAAAUAUAUGGAAUGAUACGAGAUAAUCUGAAGAAGGAGAUAUCUCCAUUGCUUGGUUUGUGCAUUCAGGCACCAAGAACUUCCAGAGCAAGCUUAGUUAAGGGAUCAUCACGUUCAGUUGCAAAUACGCCCGCUCAGCAGGCUUUGAUUGCUCACUGGCAGGGAAUUGUUAAGAGCCUUGGAACUUUCUUGGCCACUUUGAAAGAUAAUCAUGUACCUCCUUUCUUAGUCCGAAAGGUGUUUACACAGAUAUUCUCUUUCAUCAAUGUUCAAUUAUUUAACAGCCUUCUAUUAAGACGAGAAUGUUGCUCAUUUAGUAAUGGGGAAUAUGUUAAAGCUGGACUGGCUGAAUUAGAAACUUGGUGUAGGAAUGCAACUGAUGAGUAUGCAGGUUCAGCUUGGGAUGAGCUCAAGCAUAUUAGACAAGCCAUUGGAUUUCUGGUUAUCCACCAAAAGCCAAAGAAAACAUUGGAUGAAAUAAGUCACAAUCUUUGCCCAGUGCUAAGCAUACAGCAGUUGUACCGGAUCAGUACGAUGUACUGGGAUGACAAGUAUGGUACACAUAGUGUGUCUUCGGAUGUUAUAUCCAACAUGAGGGUGUUGAUGACAGAAGAUUCAAAUAACGCAGUUAGCAAUUCCUUUCUGUUGGAUGAUGAUUCCAGCAUACCCUUUUCAGUCGAUGAAAUAUCAAAGUCAAUGGAGCAAAUAGACAUCUCUGAUGUUGAACCUCCAGCUCAAAUCCGUGAGAACUCAGGCUUCAGCUUUUUGCUUCCGCGCAUUGAGUAAACCUAUUGUCAUCGACCUUGAACAACUUAUGUCUCACCUCUAAAGCAAGGAGGUUUGCUUUCGCACGUACUUCUAGUUGUAAAUGUAGUUCUUGUAGCAGAGUUAUUUUAGAAUUCCAUUUGUAGGGUGCUGAUAUUCUAAACUCGUACUGUCGAUAAUACGUUGGUGUGUGGCAUCUCAACCUGGCUGAAAAAUGUAUACGUAGAUGAUUUAGGUUAUUAUAAGUGAGGUAUUUCUCCUCCUGUUAUAACAGCAAGGGGUGGUAAGCUGUAGUUGUUAAUAUUGUUGGUCAUUCUGAUAUUGGUUAUUUUCAAUCUUGAUGUAGUUUUUGCAGGUGUAUGUAAUAUGUACCACUAUUGCAUGCAGUUUGGAAAUGAAGUCAUUGCUUUGAGUGU